AUGAAGAACAGCCUGGCGCAGAAGAGCAAGAGUGCUGCAGAGGAAGAAGCGAAUAAAGGAAACAGAGUAGUAAAACUCCUGUUCGCAGCAAUGCUCUGCGGGCUCCGGGAGGCUGCGAGCGAAGCGCCGCCGACCACGGCCGGGGCUGGGCGGCCAGGCAGCCCCUCCGCCCGGCGGCGGCUCGGCGAGCCCUUCCUCCCCGCCACGGGCGCCGGCCGACGAGCCGCUCUUCCCCUGGCAGGACGGUGCCGCGGGCACGGGAGGGCCGCGCUGCCGCCGCCCGGAGCCCUCAGCGCGCUCCCCGCGCGUCCCGGCGGCCGCAGCGCCGCCCCCGUCGCGUCAGCGCCGCCGCGGGUGACGGAGCGCGGGGCGCAGGCGCGGCAGCGCUCCAAGGCCCAGCCGGGGAGAGAGAGAGCGGCGUCUGCCGGCCGUGCUAUGAGGGACACGGCCCGGGGAGAGAGAGCCGCGUCUGCCGGCCGUGCUAUGGGGGACACGGCCAAGGGAGAGAGAGCGGCGUCUGCCGGCCGUGCUAUGAGGGACACAGCCAAGGGAGAGAGCCGCGUCUGCCGGUCGUGCUAUGAGGGACAUGGCCGGGGAGAGAGAGCCGCGUCUGCCGGCCGUGCUAUGAGGGACACGGCCAAGGGAGAGAGAGCCGCGUCUGCCGGCCGUGCUAUGAGGGACACGGCCCGGGGAGAGAGAGCCGCGUCUGCCGGCCGUGCUAUGAGGGACACGGCCCGGGGAGAGAGAGCCGCGUCUGCCGGCCGUGCUAUGAGGGACACGGCCCGGGGAGAGAGAGCCGCGUCUGCCGGCCGUGCUAUGAGGGACACGGCCCGGGGAGAGAGAGCCGCGUCUGCCGGCCGUGCUAUGAGGGACACGGCCCGGGGAGAGAGAGCCGCGUCUGCCGGCCGUGCUAUGAGGGACACGGCCAAGGGAGAGAGAGCCGCGUCUGCCGGCCGUGCUAUGAGGGACACGGCCAAGGGAGAGAGAGCCGCGUCUGCCGGCCGUGCUAUGAGGGACACGGCCCGGGGGCUGUACUGGCCCGUGCUCUGAGGGACACGGCCUUGCACCUCACGGCCUCCCCGCCCCCUCCGCACGUAGCGACAGGACUAGCGACACAGGCUUCAGCAUUUGGCUCAAAAGGCCAGGUCUCUGUGGAACAGCUCCGCAGUAUUUUUUCUUCCCCAACAGGAAGGCCGGCUCAUUCCCCGCCAACAAUGGACAAGGGACAGCGCAAAGGAAGCACGUACACGGCUCAGAGUUUCAGACUGAAUUCCUAGCCUGUCUUCACUUUUCUGGAAAGCAGUGCUAAAACACUUUGUGACCAGAGUUAAGUAUUUGUGUUAAGUGUUCAGCACCAAUAAUACAGGUAAUUGAGACCAACUUUCUCACAGCAAGACUACAAAACAGCCCCUGUUUUGAAUAUUAUCUAUCACUGUUUCAGCGUAAGUAAUUAUCUAUAAAGUGUUCAGGCAAGCCCUUGCAAGGAGUGAACAACUAGACAGAUGCCUUGAUACUCCUUCAGCCCAGAACCAGAGAACCAAAGAAAUAAGGGUAUAGUUCCACUUCAGCUGCAUUAAAAACAUGAGAGAAGUGCUGAGAGAUUCCUCUCUACCUAUGUGACAGUCUGUAUGGAUGUCCCACAGAUCAGUCUCAUGUUGUUUUGUACAUAAAUAAAUUCUAUGCUGUCAAUUCAAGUGUAAUUAGCUUUAUGCUCCC